CAGCGCGCCGCCGGUCACCUGGGGCUGUCGGGCAGCAGGCUCGCUGUGGGACCCGCGUGCUAGCUCGGGGAGCCGGAGCGGGGCUCGGACUCGAGGUGCGACGAGGGCAGGCACGGAGCGCAGCUGUUCCCGUGUGGGUCUGGCGGAGGAUGCGGGAGAGCACGUGGGUAUCGCUGCUGUUGCUGCUGCUGCUGCCCGCGCCGCAGUGGGGCGGCCCCCAGGACGGCCGCCGGGAGCCGGAGCCGGAGCGGGAGCCUGAGCGCGGUCCGCUGCAACCCUUUGAUCUGCUCUACGCUAGCGGCGUGGCUGCCUACUACAGCGGCGAUUACGAGCGUGCGGUGCGUGACCUGGAAGCUGCGCUGCGCAGCCACCGGCGCCUGCGAGACAUCCGCACGCGCUGUGCCCGCCACUGCGCGGCGCGCCGGCCGCUCGCACCCCCGGGCGCUGGCCCGGGAGCCGAGCUGCCCUUCUUCCGAGCGCUGCUCGAGCGGGCGCGCUGCUCCCGCAGCUGCCAGAGACAGCGCCUGGGCGGCCCCGUGUCCCGGCACCGCGUCAGCGAGGACGUGCGCAGCGACUUCCAGCGCAGAGUGCCCUACAACUACCUGCAGCGGGCCUACAUCAAGCUUAACCAGCUGGAAAAGGCCAUGGAGGCAGCGCACACGUUCUUCAUGGCCAACCCUGAGCACAUGGAAAUGCAGCAGAGCAUAGAGGACUACAGAGCGACAGCGGGGGUGGACGCCUUCCAGCUGGUAGACAGAGAAGCCAGGCGACAUCUGGAGAGCUAUAACGCAGGAGUUAAACACUAUGAGGCCGAUGACUUUGAAGCUGCCAUCAAGUACUUUGAACAAGCUUUAAGAGAAUAUUACAAUGAAGAUAUGGAGUGCCGAGCUCUAUGUGAGGGGCCUCAGAGAUUUGAGGAGUAUGAGUAUUUAGGGUAUAAAGGUGGUCUUUAUGAGGCAAUUGCAGAUCACUACAUGCAGGUGCUGGUCUGUCAGCAUGAGUGUGUGAGGGAACUUGCCACCCGCCCAGGCCGCCUCUCACCAAUUGAGAACUUUCUUCCCUUGCAUUACGACUACCUACAGUUUGCCUACUACAGAGUGGGUGAAUAUGUGAAAGCUUUGGAGUGUUGCAAAGCCUACCUGAUGUUCCAUCCAGAUGACGAGGAUGUCCUGGACAAUGUAGACUACUAUGAGAGCCUGCUAGACAACAGCAUUGACCCAGCAUCCAUUGAGGCCCGAGAGGAUUUGGCAGCAUUUGUCAAACGUCACAACCUUGAAUCUGAACUGAUAAAGUCUGCUGCAGAGGGUCUGGGAUUUUUAUAUUCUGAACCGAACUACUGGAUCAGUUACGGAGGACGGCAGGAUGAGAAUCGGGUCCCUUCAGGAGUGAACGUGGAGGGAGCAGAAGUUCAUGGAUUGUCAAUGGGGAAAAAGUCACCACCCAAGAUAGAUCGAGACCUAAGAGAAGGUGGCCCUCUGCUCUAUGAGAACAUCACCUUCGUGUACAACUCAGAACAGCUGAACGGGACUCAGCGGGUUCUCCUAGAUAACGUCCUGUCGGAAGAGCAGUGUCGGGAGCUGCACAGCGUGGCCAGUGGAAUCAUGUUGGUUGGUGAUGGAUACCGAGGAAAAACGUCACCCCACACACCCAAUGAAAAGUUCGAAGGGGCGACUGUCUUGAAAGCACUCAAAUUUGGUUAUGAAGGCCGGGUACCCCUGAAGAGUGCUCGCCUCUUCUAUGACAUCAGUGAGAAGGCCCGGAAGAUUGUGGAAUCCUAUUUCAUGCUGAACUCAACCCUGUAUUUUUCCUAUACACACAUGGUCUGCAGAACAGCCCUGUCUGGGCAGCAGGAUAGACGAAAUGACCUCAGUCACCCUAUUCAUGCGGACAACUGCCUGUUGGACCCAGAAGCUAAUGAAUGCUGGAAGGAGCCUCCUGCUUACACUUUCCGGGAUUAUAGCGCACUCCUGUACAUGAACGACGACUUUGAAGGCGGAGAGUUCAUCUUCACUGAAAUGGACGCCAAAACUGUGACUGCCUCUAUUAAACCAAAGUGUGGGCGAAUGAUCAGCUUCUCAUCUGGCGGAGAGAACCCUCAUGGGGUGAAGGCGGUCACUAAAGGCCAACGCUGUGCUGUGGCACUGUGGUUCACCCUAGACCCUCUUUACAGAGAAUUGGAGCGGAUACAGGCCGAUGAAGUGAUUGCCAUCUUGGAUCAAGAACAGCGCGGGAAGCAUGGACUGAAUAUUAACCCCAGAGAUGAGCUAUAGAAAAGAGAGUGUUCUAUCGAAUAUUUAUUUAAAUUGUUAAUCUUAUAAGAACCUUUUUAUUUUUGUACAGAGCCAUGGUAUAAAUUAACAGGAUACUAUGAGUCGCUAGAUUCCCCCUUCUGUCCCUGUCUCUGCUCGCUUUGCCCUCCUCGUGCCCUUGGUUUUCUUCAGUUCAUCAUUCAGAGCCCAGGCACAUCCCCAAACACACAUCUCACACACACGCUGCAUGCCACACAGUCACACGGGUAAACAUGCAUCCCAGAGUUACUGCAGAAGCACACAUACACCACUCACACACCACACAAACUCCUAAACAUGCCACAUAUACACACACUAAACACAUACCACCCAGAUAGACAAUCUCUCUCUCUCUCUCUCUCUCUCUCUCUCUCUCUCUCUCUCUCUCUCUCACACACACACACACACACACACACACACACACACACACUACACAUACAUGAUUAAUUUCUUGUGCAUUCAGAAUCUCAACACAACAGAUUGUUUUUCAGCAACCCCACAGUCAGAGUGUACCCCAUGUCUAGUCUCAGUGUGUGAAUUGCUCUUGGGCCUCCAGCUUGCUGCCUUUCCCCAUGGCCUCUCGUGGUGCUUAUGGCUGAGAGUACAUACUCUUCCCAGCAAGCCUGGCUUGAAUCUGAGGAGCCCCUGACACGGUCUGCGUAGCCCCGAGAGUCACAAGCAGCAGCAUCUGUCAGACUUGAGGAAGCCACUAUUGGGAUAAGGACAGUGACACAGGGUCCCCUCACCAGGGUCUUCAUGGACCUUGAGGACUGGUGUUGUACGGGGCAGCAUCUGAGUUGUCCUUAAACAGUCACACAGAGCUUCUAGCAGCACAAGUUCAUCCCAGGGAUGAUGGAAGAGCAUCUUUAAUCCCCCUGCAUCAGGCGCAAUUGCUCAGCUGCUGGCAAGGGGCUGCCGCUGGUGAAAAAGUAGAAUCCCUUUCGCAGGUUGCUCCUUGUCUGCCUCUGCUAGGCAGCCUCUUCCCAGGGCUGCUGCCAGCUGACAGAGGCAUGUUGUGUCUGAGUUGUUUAAUAAAAGGAGCCUUGUUGCAGCGUU